AUGACUGCAAUCUCACCAAUAUCCCGUGCUUCUACGCCAUCCUUUUAUGAUCAAGGUUUACCACUCCAAAAUAAGGCAUUGCCGAUAAUUCCUGAAGGGGACAUCCUGCGACCCCCGCCGCCCCCGCUAAAACACCGCCCUCUUCUUGCUGGAAGUGUCGCUCCAGACCAUGAUCGUAAGCCUAAGCGCCCUCUGAGCUGGUCGGAAGCUCAGAUUAACACCCUGCAAAAGCAGGUAAAAGACCUCCGGCAGGAUAUCAUUGCGCAGAAGAGACAAGGGAUUGAAAAAGACCGCAUCAUAGCCUCCCAGCAGCAGCAAAUUACCAAAUACAUUCAGAGAGAGAGCAAAAAGGAAGAUUUGCUUAACAUCUUCGCAAACAAUGUGCACGUAGCUCUAGAAGAUCUGCGGGGAAAGGGUUCGUGGGAGGGCAACACUACAGAUGAUGUCGCCGCAGAAACAAUUGAUGACCUUAUAACCAUAUACCAGGGGUUUGAGCGGUAG